AUGUUAGACACACUCGACGGCGGUGGCGAGACGCACAAUGCCGCGCCAGCAGUAGUAGAACCGACGACACACGACGAAGCAGACAAAAUCUUCGACGCUACCGCUAUUACUGAACCUGAGCAAGGUCAAGGUCAUGAGCUCGAAGCAACAGAACUGCGCUCCCUCGACGCUGGCAUAGUGAGGCAACGAGGCGUUAGUACUAAUACUGAAGCAAGCGAGCCAACACGUGCAUCUCCACCAACCGCAAACAGAAAAAGAGCGUGGCAGUGGCACGAUGGCAUAACGGCAUUCUGGAGAAGACAGGUCAGCGUCGUCGUCGGGGCAGAUGCGAGACGCGACCAUCUCGGGCACAUCCAAGCAGCACUGGAACGAACAUUCCUGGCAUAUGUACGCACCAGCGUCGCGCUGUCCAUGACAUCCGUGAUCACGGCGCAGAUGUUCCGACUGCAGCACUCGAUCAAGCCGGACGCAGAGUUUGGCUUCUACAAGGUGGGCAAGGCGCUGGCGGCGACGUUCCAGGCGGCGGCGCUGGUGGUCGUGCUUGUGGGCGCGUAUCGGUUCUGGCGUCAGCAGAAUGCGCUGGUCCGGGGCAAGGUGUAUGCGCGCGGCUGGGAGCUGAUGGUGGUGUUUGGCAUGCUCGUUCUGUCCGACAAUCAGCACAUAUCCAAUCACGGUUUUCCCUCUACUACACUGACUGCUGCUGAUCAUCUCCUCCGUCAAUUUAUCCCGAUAUCGCCCCUCCCCGCCGCCAUGGGACUCUCCAAGUCCACGCGCAUGCAGAUACUGCUGGCCAUCGAUGUGGCUUUCUUCCUUCUCGAGAUUAUCGUUGGUUAUGCCGUCCAUUCGCUAGCUCUGGUCGCCGAUUCCUUCCACAUGCUGAACGAUAUACUUACACUCGUCGUGGGUUUGUGGGCCGUCAAGGCCGCCCAGAAAGAUAGAUCAAGCUCUUUUACAUAUGGAUGGAAGCGAGCAGAAACACUGGGUGCGCUCGUGAAUGGCGUCUUCCUCGUCGCGUUGUGUAUGAGUAUCGUCCUGGACGCGAUACAGCGCUUCGUGGAGCCGCAAGAGGUGCAGAAGCCAAUGCUGGUCAUGAUCGUUGGCUGUUUCGGACUGGCCAGCAACGUCGUUGGCCUCUUCCUCUUUCACGAUCACGGACAUUCGCAUGGAGAUGCGGGCCACAGCCAUGAUAGCCAUGGGAUUGCCGAGGAAGGCCACAGGCAUGCGCAUGCGCAUUCACACGACGCCGAGACCGAUGCUGUUGCAGACGAAAGCGGACGAAUUGUGGACGUCCUUCCAAGUACACGCGUGGCAGGAUAUGGGACCGCCAGCCAACCGAAAGAUAUCUCGUGGGAUAUCAAGGACACGCCGUCCAAAUCGAAUCCAUCCGCAUAUCUACAUGGAAGAACCAAGUCCGGCUCGAUCCAUCCUGGUUCCCUCCGUCACGACUUUCUUGUGGAGGCAGAGCAGAUUCUGCACCCGGGCUCAGGUCAAGCUGACUCUGACGCUGCCUCGUCCGAGGCUGAUUCCGAAGAUGCCGAGGACAACGAACAGUCUGGUCUGUUGAACAAGGCAAAGUCACACGCCCACUCACACAGUCAUGUCAAGAAGUCUGGAGCCGAUCACAAGAAGCACCACCACUCUCAACCAAAGAAAAAGGGCAAAGGAGGCCACGGCCAUUCUCAUGGGGAUCUCAACAUGCGCGGCGUCUUUCUUCACGUACUCGGCGAUGCUCUCGGCAAUGUCGGAGUAAUUGCGUCUGCCCUCAUCAUCUGGCUCACUCGAUACAAGUGGCGAUUCUACGCUGAUCCGGCCAUAUCUCUCGUUAUUACCCUAAUUAUUCUGCAUACAGCCAUCCCUCUUUGCAAAGCCGCAUCUCGCAUCCUUCUCCAAGCUACUCCCGAGUCUGUCGAUGUGGAGAAACUCCAGGAAGACAUUGAGACCCUCGAAGGUGUUCUCAGCGCACACGACAUCCAUGUCUGGCAACUCAGCGACACAACGCUGAUUGCCUCUCUCCAUGUCCAGGUCGCUUUCAACUUCCGCGGACAAGGCAGCCAACGCUACAUGCAGCUUGCGCGAGAGAUACGUGAAUGCCUACACGGCUUCGGCAUCCACUCGUCGACGAUCCAACCCGAGUUCUAUAACGACGGCGGGCCCGGCUCAGUCGAUCCGAUCGAGGACAACAUCAGCGAAGCAAGCGACGGCAUGAACAACAGCAGCAGGCAGGUUAGCAAGCAAAAUAGCCUAACGGAAAGCAUGCGCGAUUCGUGUCUGCUCGACUGCUGCGACAACAAGAACGUCUGCUGUCCACCUGAGAACAAGCAGAAUUCCGGCAGCAAGGACCGGUGA